AGCCACAUCCCUCCGGCGCCUGCGCUCGCUGCAUCUCCGGAGCCGUCGUCACCGGUUCCCAUGGCGUCCUACCGCAUCCGGCAGUACCAGGACAAGGACUUUGACGCCGUGCGGACGCUGUUUGCCCGCGGGAUGCUGGAGCACAGCCCGGCCGGGUACCGCCACGUCCUGCGCUCGGCCCGGGUGCAGCUCCAGCUCCUCGUCCUCUUCGUGCUGGUGCGAGCGGCCGGCGGCUUCUGGCUGCUGGGGCUGGGGGCCGUGGCGCUGGCGCUCGUGGCCAUCUGGCUCCUGGUGCGCUCCUACUCCACCACCUACGUGCGGCAGGCGCUCGGCACCGACCUGGCCGACGUGCGCGGCUCCUACCUGCGCUCCCCGCACGCCUGCUUCUGGGUGGCCGAGGCCGGCGGCGCCGUGGUGGGCAUGGUGGCGGUGGAGCCGCCGCAGGACCCGGCCGAGCGGGCCGUGGCGCUGGAGCUGAAGCGGCUCUCGGUCAGCAGAGAGCACCGGGGCUGCGGCAUCGCCAAGGCGCUGUGCCGGGAGGUGCUGCGCUUCGCCCGCGCCCGCGGCUUCGGCGCCGUCGUCCUCUCCACCUCCAUGGUGCAGGUGCCGGCGCAGCGGCUCUACGAGAGCCAGGGCUUCCGCAGGGUGGGCACCACCAGCCCCUCGCUGCUCGCCUCCCUCCUCUGCUUCCAGGUCUUCCGCUACCGCUGCGACCUGCCCGGCCCCGCCGCGGCCCCGCCGCGCUAGGGAACGGCACCGGAACCGCGGCACCGCAGCCCCGAGGGAGGUGAUGCCACGGCACCUCGGGUGCUGGGCCUGGCGUGCGAGGCACGGCUGUAGUAUCCCUGUCACUGCUGCAGCAUCCCUGUCACAGCUGUAGUAUCCCUGUCACAGCUGCAGCAUCCCUGGCACCGCUGCAGCAUCCCUGGCACCGCUGCAGCAUCCCUGUCACCGCUGCAGCAUCCUUGGCACCGCUGCAGCAUCCCUGGCACCACUGCAGCAUCCCUGGCACAGCUGCAGCAUCCCUGGCACAGCUGCAGUAUCCUUGGCACCGCUGCAGCAUCCCUGGCACAGCUGCAGCAUCCCUGGCACAGCUGCAACAUCCCUGGCACCGCUGCAGCAUCCCUGGCACAGCUGCAGUAUCCUUGGCACCGCUGCAGUAUCCCUGGCACCGCUGCAGCAUCCCUGGCACAGCUGCAGCAUCCCUGGCACUGCUGCAGCACCCCUGGCACAGCUGCAACAUCCCUGGCACCACUGCAGCAUCCCUGGCACAGCUGCAGUAUCCUUGGCACCGCUGCAGCAUCCCUGGCACAGCUGCAGCA